AUGGUUCGCAUUGAAGAUUUCGAGGGUAUGCAAUACUCCAGGGUGGGAGACGAGUCUGAGAUGCAAGAAUACGCUUUCUUCAACCAGCAAUAUGCAACUUCAACAUAUCAGAAAGAGCACGACAUGAACCCCGAUCUCAUAGUGCGACCUCAAAACGACCAAGAUGUCAUCAGAGCGGUCAACUGGGCCAGGGAAAACAAAGUGGCCGUCGCCGUCAAGAGUGGAGGCCACCAGUACAGCGGAGCCUCGUCCACAAGCGGCAAAAACAUCCAGAUCGACUUGGGUAACACGUACAAGGAUCUGAUGAUCUUGAAGCCCAAGGAACCCAUUGCAGACAACCGCACACUUGUUUAUAUUGGCGUCAGCAUCACUAUGAUGGAUCUCAACAAGUACCUCAAGCAGACGAAGCUCUUUGUUCCCACUGGCCAGUGUGCGUACGUCGGCGUCGGAGGUCACGGCCAGACUGGCGGUUACGGACAGUUAGGCCGAAGUUUCGGCCUUUUUGGAGACAAUAUCAGAACCAUCCGCAUGGUAUGCCACGACGGUGUCAUCCGCGACAUCACCAAGGAGAACAACCCUGAGAUGUUCUAUGCCAUCCUUGGUGGCAGCCCAGGAAACUUCGGCGUCAUCACUCACUACAUCGUCGAGGUGUAUAAGUCUAGUAGCUACCUUGGUACCGUCGCUGGACCUAACGGCUUCAAAGGACCUCAUGGCAUCAAGGCACUCUGGCUCUACUCCAAGGAAGUUCUUACCACACUUCUCAAUGCCAUUGCCGAGAUGGCUGAUGACCCUACAUUCCCCCGCGGCUUUGACCUCUGUGUCAGUGUCAUCAGCACAGAUUUCCCCAUGUCGACUCUGUUCAAGGAGCUCAAAGAUGCCAACGUCUGGCAGCGCAUUCAGGACCGCAUCAAGAAUGCGCUCGAAGACGACUUCCUGGAGUUGCUCAAUGGACGUUUUCCAGCCUCGAUCAUUCUGUACGCGCAGUGGUGCCCGACCAGCAAGGAGGACGUGUACGAUGCCAAUGUCGAUGCCUGGUUUGGCAAGUUCCGAGAGCUCAAGAGCCUGUUGGAAGACUUCUCGCUUCAGUUUGGAGAGUUCGACAUGGAGAUGUCGGAUAUGACUGGGCAGUGGAUCUUCCCCAGAGCGCGCGAGUUUGACCUUCCAUACGUCAAGCGCACAUACGCGACCAACUCCACCAGCCUUACAAAGGACAAAUGGGUUGAUGCCGUGGUUGACCGCAUUGACCUCAUCUACAACCCUGAACAGUAUCUCAAGGGACACGAGGGUGAGAAGGACUACGAGCGCUUUAUGAGAUGUAAGCUGUCGGUUCAAAUCCAGUGCUUUGGAGGCAAGUACUCGCGCUUCUUCGUCAACAGAGACAACGGCACAUCUUACAGCUGGAGAGACUCGUCUGUUGUCCAGACUUUGGACUGCUUCCACGAGCCCGAUGAAGAUUCAAGAAAGCUGGCUCAAUCAUGGCAAGCCAAGAACGAUCAGAUUAUGAUCGGACCUGACAGCCCGUUCAGCAAGAAGGACAGACGUCUUCUUUGGGGAUCCUAUGGCGAUUGGAACUUGGGUGAUGAGAAGAUCUGGAAGUGCUACUACGAAGAUGAGGAGAAGUACAGGCGGCUUGGAAAAGCCAGAGCACUCGCUGAUCCCAACGGAACGUUUACUGCAAAUCCGUUCGCAAUUACUGCAGUCAACAAUGCAAAGUUGUGA